CAACGAAGAAGAAAAAUCACUUCCGCAUAGUCACAACUUUCAUGUAGCCGCUCAAACUGUGUCACGGUUUUUUGAUUUGGUGCUAAAAUCAUGGCGAAAACGGUCCAAGUCAAAGACAAGAAACGAGAGAAGAUCAGCGUCGCCACCGAGAUUGACCGGUUGGAGGAGAGACGGGCGCGUUGCCAUGACAACCUGGAGAGGGCGGAGUUUAAGAGCAGGAAGGAGCGGCUGUCAGAGCAGGAGAGACAAGAACUGCAGGAGGAAAUGGCAAUCAUAAAUGAGAGAGUGCAAAAGCUAGACAAAGAGCUGCAGUUGUUAAGAGGCGAGAACCGGAAGAACAUGCUGCUGUCAGUCGCUGUGUUCGCCGUCAGCGCGCUCGCCUACUACGCCUUUUUCUACAAUGACGUCGACACAUGACGCCACCCAGGACCCCAUCGGGACUGAGCCAGCCCUGACAGCCUUAUUACAGGAUGAUGGUUUACAGACAAAAUUAUUAACACUGAAACAAGCCAGACCUGUUUCUAGCAUCCCUCUGUUCUGCCACUAGAGGGCAGCAUUGUCAUAUCAGGAUUAAACUGGACAGCUGCUGUUCCAUUACUCUGAUCAUUACUCAUCGUUUGCUUAUUUGCAUUUUCUCUUGACUAGAGAAGAAUUUUCAAAAGCUGCUAAUUAAUUCAGACUUUAAACUGACCAUCACAAGUAGAAUAUAUAUCAUCAUUGUUUCAUAUAUGAUCUAAUGAACUGAAUGUAUAAUUUGCCUUUUGUAUGCAAACUACUUUGAUCAGGUAUGACAAUAAGACUUUAUUCGAUGUAAUAGAUUAUUUUUUUUUCAAAUUAUGAUUUAGUUUUAAUGAACGCGAGAUCCCCCCGUGCACAAGUCUUUUUGUGCAUCCAUAUUUUGUUAGCUCUCCUAACGACAAAAUC